AUAUCCUGUGUAUUGAUCGGCGUAUUCCUAGUCUACUAUACUUACUAUCAUUUCGAUCACUUCCACUACCAUUUAACCCAUUUCUUUGCCCAUCACUGGGACGACCACAACGCCCAACACGUAUUGGCCCACAAGUUGCUCAAAGACCGGACCAACACUUCGGCGGCGUUUCACUGGUUCCGUAAGUCGGCAGACAGAGGACACCCGCACUCGGCCUACAACUUGGCCGCCGGACACCUCUCCGGCUAUAAGACUGAUGUUGAAAAAGGCGAAGUGAGAAAACUAUUAAAGUUUGCGGCAAAGAAUGGCGUCGAAGAGGCAAAGACUUUGCUCCGGGAGUUGUGUCGCGAGAAACCAAAACACUGUGAUCUUUGAGACUAAUUUUAAACUUAAAGUACUGAAC